AUAAUCAAAUUUGUUGUAAGUGAUGACGAGCUUUCGGGAAAUGCGUUUCGAUGAUUUGUUCAAAAUUAAUUCAUUAGUUUUCGAUUCUCUCACCGAGGUUUAUAGCCUGACCUUCUUUGUGAAGCAUUUCUUGGAGUUUCCAGGACUCUCACAGAUUGCCAUAGCUCCAGGAUCUGAUGGCAGACCCAUGGGCUAUAUAUUCGGGCAGUAUCAGGUCAAGCACAAACAGGAUCCCUAUGGUCAUGUGGCAGCAUUGACUGUAUCUCCGGAUUACCGACGCCUUGGACUGGCCACUGCUCUAAUGGAUUUUUUCUUUAUGGUCUCAGACCUCAAGGGAGCUUCCUACGUUAACCUCUUUAUGCGAAUCAGUAAUCGUGCUGCCUAUCAAUUGUAUACUUCUCUGGGUUAUGCUCAUCGCCAAACAUUCCUGGACUACUAUCCGGAUGAACCGAAGCCGGAAAGUGCCUACGAAUUGAGAAAGUACGUUCCCCGCCCCAUGGAGGUUCAAUGAGCAGUGCAGUCGCCGGGCCUUCAGAUUAAAUUAAAAGUUUUUUUUUGGAUUACAUAGCUAAUUAAAGAAAAUCCAUUGAGGUGAAUUUUUAGAGGAAGAUCAAUUUCCGUUGACGCACAAAGGCCAACUAUAGGUAGAAAUACAGACAAAUGUUAACUAGGGUGGACAUCAGUCGUUUAAAGGGUGGCCCUUUUGGGUCAUCACUCAUACGUCAUGUUGCCUUGGUACUACAAUCUCGUUAAAUGAAAUAAAAUGCUAAAUAACAAACAAA